CAACAUCGAAAAGGAAUCUGAACAGUGUUUAUGUACCCUGACCUCCAACAUCGUACACAACCUCAUACAUAAUGUCAACGACUCAUGCGACCUUGGGCGCAGCAGCCGACGAGCGAAAAGCCCGCCUUGCGAAGCUUAAAUCUUUGAAGCGCAAGCAACCUGGCGACGAUGUUACUGAAGCCCACGAACCCACACGGUCACCUACCCCACCUGCGGAACCAGACGUUGCGAAAUUACAUCUAUCAGGUCGCAACUACGAUCCAGAAGCCAAAGGUCCUAAACUUGGCUUUGAGGCACCCCCAACACAAACAGUCGAGAAGACUCUGGAACAGCAGGCAAAACAGGUCGAGGAAGAUAUCAGGAGAAAAGCUGAAGAAGAGGAACAGGACGAUAAAGGGGUAGAUUUGUUCAAGCUGCAGCCAAAGAAGCCUAAUUGGGAUUUGAAAAGGGAUUUGGACAAGAAAUUGGAGAUCUUGAAUGUGAGGACCGAAAACGCUAUCGCGAGAAUGGUACGAGAAAGGAUCGAGGGAGCGCAGAAAGCUGCGAAAUCGAAGAGUAGACAUGGAGCUGCUAGCGCGAGUGGAGAGGGAGAAGAGCUGGGGAUGGAGGGUGUUGCACUUGUAGAGGGAGUUAAGUUACGGGAGCGAGAGGAGGUGGAAGACGAAAGACGGGAAAGGGAAGACGACGAAAUGCAGUGAUUUGGGUCCAAUAACAUAGGCGUUGUGGAGUCUACUGCUUGGUUGAAUAUCAUGGAGCAUCAGAUAUGAAGGUUCUGCUUGCCGAAGGCAUAUUAACCUUCACAAAUCGAGGAAUCUAUCCAGCCCUCACUAUUUCAAUCCAGACCCUAAGUCCCUCUAUUAUACUUCAACACUUUCCGAUUCCUCAACAUUCCCGAGUACCAUCACCACCUUU